AUGUAUAUCCCGAAACUUUUUGUUCAAAAAUCCUCUUCCCAUCCCGAUUUUACAUAUUUUUCUUUUAAUUUUCAAGCUUCAAAUCGUUGCAAUUUGGCUUUACGUAUUGGUGAAGGGAUUGCAAAUCUUAAGCGUUUUUAUUUCAAUACUUUAACAAGAAAAUGCACAGAAUUUGUUUAUAAAGGAAUUAAAGGAAAUGAAAAUAGUUUUUUGACUAUUGAUGAAUGUAAAGCUAUUUGUGAAAAAUUACCCAAUCCCUGUCCAAUGCAUUACGAUUUGGGUGAAAGAAAGGAAUGUACUGGGACGGAUGGACAAAGUUGUGGUCGUGGAGAAUGGUGCCAUAUAGGGUCUAAAAUAGAAACAACUGCUUGUUGUCCUGCUGCUGUUGUUGAUAUUUGCAAACUUCCCUUAGAUUUGGGACAAGGAAUAGAGAACUUGACUCGUUGGUAUGCUGUUAAUUUAGAAGAUCCUUGUAUGCGUGAAUGUCGUCCAUUUCAAUACAGAGGAAUGAAAGGAAAUCAAAACAAUUUUCUAACAAAAACAGAAUGCGAAGCUCGUUGUAAAUCAGAUUGUCCAAUCUCUUUAAAUCCUUGUUCAGAAAAUGGACAAAUAUUAUUAAAUAAGGAAGGAAAACCACAACGUUGUAAUUCCACAAAAAGUGGGCAAUGCCCGCCUAAUUAUUGGUGUCAUGUUGGGGCUAAUGUUGAAACUACUGUUUGUUGUAGUAGUGGAGUAGGUAAAGCUUGUAAUCAAUCACUUGCUGAGGGGUUUGGAAACGCUCUUCUUUCUCGUUGGUAUUAUAAUUUUAAAGAUGGAAAUUGUCAAAAAUUUAUUUAUCGAGGAAUUGGGGGAAAUCGGAAUAAUUAUGUUGAUUAUGAUGAUUGUAUGAAUGCUUGUCCAGAUAAUUCUAAAGAAGAAGAAAAGACUUCGACAACAACAACUCCAUUGCUUACAACAACAACAAAAACAAUAACUACUACAACAUUAAAAACAAAAGGAAUUAGAAAAAUAAAAAUAAUUCCCCCACCAUCACCCUCUCCUUCAACACCCUCAACACCAACAAAACAACAACAAUUAAUAAUUAAAGAAAUUAAUUUAAUAGAAAAUCCUUGUAGUAACGGAAAUAAACCUUUAUUAAAUCUAAAUAAUUUAUUACCUUUUGAAUGUUCGCCAGAGCAAAGAUGCCCAGAUACUCAUUUUUGUCAUAUUAGUGAUAUUAAAUAUUUAUCACAAAAAUGUUGCCCUAAAAGUAAGUUUUUUUGGUUAAAUUCGGGUUAUUUUUGA